UGUAAAACACUAUCUACGGGGAUUUAUUAAUUAUAUCAAUUCUAACUGUUAUGUGUUGGUAUUUCUCUUCUUCACGAUUCAAUAAUUGUAUAACCCUCUGACAAGGGCUGUGGGUAUCGUUGGACCUGUCUAAAGUGAAAUCUGUUUGUCAGACUGGAAAUGGUCAGUUAGAAUGUUUUGAAAUAAUCAAAGUUGUACUAUUACUCCAAAGCAUUUACAACAUUCCAGAUUGCACUCCAAGACUGUAUGACUGUAGCAAGGAAUAGAUUCCUUUAAAGACAUAUUACCUAGAACCUGGUGAAAAAGAUUUUCAGCAUGAGAUUAAAGAUAUUAGUUUUCUUCAGUCUGUGUACUGUGUUUUCUGUGAAGUCUUUCUCAACAUAUUUAAAUGCAGCAAUUGUCGGGUAUAAAGACCGCACUAAUUUUGAGAAUUACAAAACUAUUGCUGAAAAACUGGAAAACGACUCAUCUGUGCAUUUCUGUAAACUGAACUUAACGGAAGCAGCCUAUGAUAAAACAGAUGGGCCACAUGUUUACCAAAGUCUUACGUCAGCUCGUUCUCUAUUUGAUGAUGACCACAUGACUAUAGCCAUUGGCCCGUAUAUUGAUGUCUUCACUUCAAUGCAAUAUGUUAUAAGGAAACAGGUCCAUCUGGUUACCGAGUCUGCAGAAAAACCUGAGCCGUCAGAUAGAACUUUCCCGAUUCUUCCUGAUGCUACCUCUAUGUCUACUGCGAUAGCACAAAUCGUUGAAAAACUAAACUGGAAAAAAGUUGCAUUUUUAUCUCAAGGUGAUUUUGCACCCGUUUUGUCAUUGAGUCAAAAGAAUAUAUUUGUCUUUCCAACACAACUUCCGGUCAAUAUAACCAGUAAGGAAGACCCAGAUUUACGACAGACUCUCACGACGCUACGGAUAAAUCACAUGGAAAAAUUCAUACUACAUUCAAUGGACAGAGAUGUUGUUAAGAACGUCAUAUUUGCGGCGGAAGAUCUACAUUUACUUCACCAUUCAAGGAAGUGGUUUCUCACCUAUUUGGAUUUUGAAGACAUAUUCGAGAAAGACUUUCCAACAUCUGCUACCCUAUUCGGUUUACAGAUGCUCGAUCCUACCCGACUUACUGCUGGAAUACCAGGAGAGUACUUUAAAGAAAGGUCCCGAUUUGAAGUUGCUGUACUGGUUGACACUGUGAAUAUGUUGCGUCAUUUCCUGACCCGAGGCACUGAUUGUUACGCACAACCAGAAAGGGACAGGUUUAUUACAAAAGGGAAUAUCUUGGAUAAAAUGCAAGAACAGGAAAACCAAUUCCAUGGAGCUUUAGGAGCAUACCAUUGGAUCCUUAAGCCUGAGACACAACUUCGAAUAAAAUCUAACUUCAAUAUGAGUAUAACACGGUUGAAUGGCAAAGUAGAGCAGAUAGGUUUAUGUACAUUUUCUGAUAGUGGACUUAUUCUGCGGGUGGACAGACAAAUGGACAGGACUGUUGAUCACAAAUUGCAUGAAGUAUUGCAAAAUAAAACUUUUACCGUCAUUACACGUUUAGACCCACCGUUUGUUCAGAGAGGACAUGGCGAUAGAUAUGAAGGUUUCUGUGUAGACAUUUUAGAGGAAGUUUCCAGUAUAAUGAACUUUAACUAUACCAUAAAACUAGCAGACAAUGGCGUUAAUGACUGGGACAAAAUCAUCAAUCAAGUAGUAAAAGGAGAUGGAGAUAUCAUCAUCGGAUCUUUAGACGUUAAAUCUUCACGUGAAGAGCAAAUCUCUUUUUCAACUACAAUAAUGGACUCUACUGUUAGUAUACUAUUACAGAAACCACCAGCUACGCCCACUUUCUUCCAGUUCCUCGGGCCAUUCACAUCACAUUUAUGGUUUACAAUCCUUGGUGUUUUCUUUGUUGUUGGAGGUGCACUCUAUCUGAUGGGACGAUAUGAUACAACACAACGAGAGUCGGACCAACAAUUUGAUCUGAAAGAAAGCUUAUGGUACUCUCUAAACGUUCUUUUACAAGGUGGAACUGAAUACGCACCUCAAACAACUUCCAUGAGAACAAUUGUUGCUAUUUAUUGGUUCUGUACUCUUAUCAUAACUACUGCUUACACGGCAAACCUUGCUGCUUUCCUCACGCUAAAAAAUAUUGACAACAGAGUCAAGACUGUGGAUGCCUUAGUCACUCAAAAGAAGAUCAGUUACGGUGUUCUAAAAGGAAGCGAUUUGGAAAAAUUCUUUGCAAAGUCUGAUAAUGACCUUUAUAAAAGAAUGUGGAUUCACAUGAAGUUAAAUGAAGUCGAUAUCAUGCCGGAUAAGAGAGAGGAUGCACGGAAAAUGGUUCAAGGGGAAAACGACAAAUAUGUGUUUUUGGACGACAGUGUAAUGAACGAUCACUAUGCCAUGGAGCACUGCACUACGUUGGAAUCGAUACAUCAAGGAUUUGGUGAUAAACAGUAUAGUUUUGGUUUCCCACGUGGUGCUCCUUAUAGAGAUGAUAUCAAUCGUGCAUUGUUGAUGCUACAGGAGAAUGGUCAUUUAGAUAUUUUAAAGGCAAAAUGGUGGCGUUCAAACUGUACACAAGCGGAAGUAGAAAAGAGUCAGAUAAAGUCAAGUUCUGAAUUAGAAAUAGAAAACAUGUUUGGUGUUUUUCUGAUUCUACUUGGCAGUAUUGUUUUAGCAAUCAUUGUGGAGGUUUCAAAGCGAGUGAGACUUGAAAUAGAAAAACGAUAUUAUAAACACAAAGUUAACAAAGAGAUUACAUAGAUACAAAGUAUGUAUAGGAAUACAGCCUGACAGUGGAAAGUAUGUAUAUGAUUCCUGGUCAAGAGUUGAAGCAAUAUAUUAUCUUCGACAAUUCAUUUAGUGACAUUUUCAUACCAUUUUUAAUUUAGUUUUGAAUCACUAAAAUGUUCUACUUUGUAAAAUAAAUGAUUGAAAACAAAGAAUUAUUAUUGUAAAACUGGACUAUGACAUCACUCAAUUGGCUAUGUUAUGUCAUAUCCGUGCAAAGUAUGAAAAGAGUAAAUGUAUUUAGAUGUGUGCAUAUAUUUAUUUAUCCCUAAAUCAAGUAGCAAUUGUAAUUUGCUGACUUACUUAUACGAUUGUUUCAUCGCUUUGUAAAUUUGGUGUGUUUUCACAAUUAUGUAGGUUUCAUAGUAUCAGAUUCGUUUGUAAUGUGUUUCCUGGCAUGUCUUAUAACAUUAACGGUACCAAUUUUGCUUCACUAGAUGCGCAUUUUGACAAUUAAUUCAUUUAAGUGGUGCCUGUGGCCAAAAUAUUUACAAAUCCAAAACCUAAUACAAACGUUCAAAAGCUGCUAAAACCACAAAUGACAAUCCAUAGGGUUUUUUAUAGAUUGAAAUAUUUUCAUAACUGACUUUUGUUGACAUAUGAUGAUAUGUAUCAACAAGACCUUACAUCUAUUUAAAAUUCUGCAAUACGUUACUUAAUGGCCUGAUGCAAUAAUCACAUUUGUCUGUUAACUUCAGUUAUUUAUUUAAGGAAAAGGAGGAUUUUUUUAGUAUAUCUGAUGGUCAAUAAUUGUGACAAAAAAACGAAAAGUUAAAUUGUGUAUUACAUUCCAUUCAACAAGUAAAGUUGCAUGUAUACGAUAUAUAACUAUCUGUAAAGUUAUAUUAAACUAUUAUAUAUGAUUAAUUUUCUAUCUUUCGGUCCAAGAACUUGUCGAUAAUGACAUUAAUGAACAAUGAAUAAUACUAUGGGCAUCAGUAUGACAAGGCAAUUGUUGGUUGUCAAUUGGUCGAUGAUAAAUUCUAUAGACGCCAACAUGACUAGGCAUCAACUUGUCUCAAGAACGUUCUCAAUGAUUAGGUGAUAUAAAGAGGAAUACCCUAAAACCCCUUCGACUUCCGGAUAAUACUUUUAUCUAUUUGGGAAAUUAAUGCCAUAUUUAAACCAAAAGACAUAAUUUCAUUAAAUUGUGUGUGUUGUUUGGAUGUUCUUUGUAUUUCUUUGUAUUAUUUAUGUUAGUUGCCAAGGUGUCUGAACAUUUUGGACUUAUUUUAUUUGGCCAACAGGUGUCUUCCUACAUUAAACAAAUUCUUAAACACAAUGCAUGACGCAACAAUACAAAUCAGAUUUUAUAUAUUGACACUUAUAUAAAUUAAGAAAUCAAACGUUCGCAUCAAAUUUCCAUAUUAUGACAUAGUUGUUGACAUAUAUAAGCAAUCAAAUUUUGAAGAAAUUGUUUUUAAAAACGCGAUUGAAAUUAAAGUGUUAGCGAAAAGUUUAGUAUCCUGACAUAAAAACACUAUCGCCAGUUGUGUUACCAGGUUUUAUGAAUCUGCGAUUCCUACUCCAUAAGGAAUUUCAAGUUUUUGCAAUUAAAGCGUAUAUCUAGACAAAACCUUUGAUUCAGAGUUUGAUACCGAGUUUAAUGGUUGCUCAGCUGAGACUUAUAUCUAGACAAAACUUUUGAUUCAGAUUAUAUAAAGAGUUUCAAGGUAUCUCAGUUAAGACAUAUCUCGAAAAAAAUCUUUAAUUUAGAUUUUGAAAUGAGUUCCAAGGUUUCUCAGUUGAGACGUAUAUCUAGACCAAACUGCUCUUCAUUGAAAUAUGCUACAUCUAUGUUUUACUCUCAUGUUUAACCAUCGUUCUGGUUUCAACUACAGUAAAACAAACAUGCAUAAAAUAUUUCUCUCGUUUUUUUUUCAGGAUGAUAUUUAAUGUCUAUUUAUUAGUUACUUGAUUAUGCAUCUAUAACAAGUAGACUGUUUUAGAAAACAAUGUGCAUAUUUCACAGCUGAUGCACAUGGUGAAAUAAAUGAAUGAAACUUACUUGACUUAAGAAAUUUAGAUUAUACUUUACAAAUGUAUGCGUCCAAAGCGCUUUUCUAGAUUUAUCGUCAUCAGGAAAUCUCAAAGCCAGAAAUUUGAAAGCGAAGGGUGUAUAAUUACCAAAACACGCUAACAGCUGUCUGGCCAUAUGGGACCUAAAAUAAUAGCCAAAUCCUACUAAGGUCAAAUCUCAUGCUUAAAACUUAUCGUUGAGUUUAUAAUCAGGUUGUAUAUUAUUUGAUAACAUUUUAUUUAUAAUCAUAUUCCUUUUGUUUGCUUUAUCCUUACCCCGCAAACAAAGUUUAAGUAUGAAAGACAAACCCUUGAAAUAUUGAUACAACCAGAUUUUAUAUAUCUAAUGAGUGUAAUUUAUGUAUCUAAUGAGUG